AACACGUAUACGCGUGUCUGACUUCAUAGGUCUGGUCCCAACCCAAUUCUCCCUCCCCAAAUUAACCCAUUACCUAGUCCACCACGCAACCGUAACCUUAGCAAAUACAACGAAGCCACUUCUCUCUCUCUCUCUCUCUCUCGCCCCCCUAACCCAACCACUCUCGCCCAACCUUAGCCCCACAACUAGUCCAAACUCCAAACCCACCUUUAACAAAAAAAAAAAAAAAAAAAAAAAAAAUUUCAAAGCCCCUCUCUCUCUCUCUCUCUCUACAAAAAAAAAGGUUUUAUAAUGGCCUCGGAGGAAAACGACACCGUCUUCGCCGAAGAAGACUUCGAUGACGACGAAGACGAAUUAUCAGAAGAAGAAGAUGAAGAAGAAUUAGACGACGACGAAAACGACGACGUUCUCCCCGAUCCAGAGGACGAUGACGUCAUCAACUCCGCUUCUCCCUCCACGUCAUCCCCUACCGUCACCGUCGCCGUCCCUUCCUCCUCCGUCUCCAACGCCAUCGUCGCCGUCGAACCGCCAAUUUCCACGUCAGCAAUCACCACGACGGUCAUAACAACCUCCGCCGCGGCAGCCGCAGCCGCUGCAACAGCAACAGCAACCACCACGCCUUCCCCGAAACGACAGCGUAUCACUAUCGAGCCACACCUCGAGGAGAAGAAGCCGCAGCCAAUUCCUAUCGACGAUUCGAGGAGACUUUUUCAGAGGCUGUGGACCGAUGAGGACGAGAUCGAGCUUCUCCAGGGGUUUUUGGACUACACGACGUCGCGCGGCUCGACUCACCACAACGACACCGCUUUGUUCUACGAUCAGAUUAAGUCGAAGCUCCAGCUCGAUUUCAACAAGAACCAGCUCGUCGAGAAGCUGCGUCGUUUGAAGAAGAAGUACCGAAACGUUGUCGGCAAAAUCAGCACCGGCAAAGAUUUCUCCUUCAAGAGCCCUCACGAUCAAGCCACCUUCGAAAUCUCGCGCAAGAUCUGGAGCAAUAGUAAUAUCAAUAACAAUUCGAAUAAUCGCUUCGCUGUGGUGGUGGAUGAUUCGGUUUUCGACGACGAAGAUUCGAAAAACCCUAAUUUGUUGGAGGAGAAUGCGAAUUACAACAAUAGCGGCGAGAAGAAGCCGAAUUCGUCGCGAAAAAGGUCAAGAUCGCGGGUUCGGACCGAGGAGAAGGCGAAUAAUGGGAAUGAGAAUGUUGUUGGGAGUGGCGGCAGCGGUGGCAGUGGCGGCGGCGGCGGUGGCGGUGGUGGUGGUGGGAAUUUGGGGGGAAUGAUAGAGGAAACGGUGAAGAGUUGCUUGUCGCCGCUGUUUAAGGAGUUGUUGAGCAAUGCAAUGGGGGGGAGUGGAUUUGGAGGGAGGGGAAUUGGGUUUGGAGGGAUGGGAAUGAAUGCAAUGGCGAUGAACGCUAUGCCGUUGAAUUUCGGAGGAGGGGAGAGUGGCGGUGUGGUGGAUGAGAAGUGGAGGAAACAGCAGAUAUUGGAGCUGGAGGUGUACUCGAAGCGGUUGGAUUUGGUGCAGGAUCAGAUUCGGGCCGCCUUGGAGGAGUUGCGGUCGAUGGGAGGGUGAUUGAUUGGUUGAUUUGAUGAUUCUAUUGGGGAGAAGGAAUUGGAUGUAAGUGGGUUGAUUUUACUGUUUUUAGUUGAUGAAUAUUUAUUGGUGUUUAUUGGUAGUGUAGCUGAGUUAAUUGCUUUUGGAUUCUUAUACUUUUUUUUUUUGGUUUUUGAUAGAACAGUUGUUGAAUAAUGAUUUCUAAUUGUUUAGUGUCUCCCAUAUUUUGUUCAUAAUCUUUGGAUAGUUGUAGAUAUUAGAUUGAAAUGAAUGAAUUGGUAGCAUAAUGACACGGUUUUA